AGCCGCUCACCUCGGAGUACACGAGACCCAUGUCGGUUCCGACACACCUGGACACGUGACCGCGCCGUCACACCUGGAUCGUUACUUCCUCCUGCGGAUUUCACCAUAAAAUCGAUUUGCAUCGGAAGAGACGGCAGGCUGCUUUCCCCUGAAGCUUCCUGAUUAUUUAUUUCACCCAGAACCUUCUUUAUCAGGCUCCGGGGCCGGUUCGACCCGCUUCUGAGCUCCACGUAAAGGCGGCGGGAUGCCGACAAGCUUCGGAACGAGGAUCGAGAAGAAGUAGCCGUGAAGCAUCAUGGGCGGUGGCAGAUGGGCAAGGCAUCGGUGUGCGCAGGAGUGACGUUCGGAUCCAGUCGAAGGACGCACACACACAACCGCGAUGGAGCAAGGCUUCAGCUUGACCACGCUGAAGAAGCUGGCGGCCGAGCCGGAGUACACCGACGUGUCGCUGACGGCGGCCGAGCGGGUCCGGGCGCUGGGGAAGAUGGGCUGCAGCGUGGAGAUCAACGAGGACAUCGAGCCCCGCCGCUACUUCCGCUCCGGGGUGGAGAUGGAGCGCAUGGCGGCGGUGUACCUGGAGGAGGGCAGCCUGGAGAACGCCUUCGUCCUCUACACCAAAUUCAUCACGCUGUUCGUGGAGAAGCUGCCGACUCACAGGGACUACCAGCAGUGUUCCGCCGUCCCGGAGAAGCAGCUCAUCAUGAAGAAACUUCAGGAGGUGGCGUUUCCUCGGAAGGACGAGCUGAAGAAACGACUCCACGACAAAUACAGUCGGGAGUACACCGAGUACCUCAGGUCGCAGAAGCAGGUGGUGGUGGUGGAUGGGUGUGGCCAGCAGCUGCAGCGGCUCUCCCUAUUGGACGACGACAGGAGGCGGGGCUUGCUGGAGGAGGAGCGGCAGCGGGUCGCCACCCUGAGGCAGAUGCAGAUCGAGUCCGAGCAGUUCCGCUACUUCGAGGACCAGCUGAGGCGUCAAGAACUGGCCAAUCGGAGAGGAGUGGAGGCGGGGCUUAAGCAGGCGGAGACCAAAGUGCCUGAGGUCACGGAUGGAUCCUGUCUGUCUCAGCAGCCAAUCAGAGACAGCGAUAGAUCCCAGCGGGCGGACCAGAACAGAAACAGACCUCCUGCUCCAAUCAGCCAACCAGCUGCCACGCUAGCCGGAGUCCACAGUCAGAGGGUGGAGGGUCUGAGGCGGGUGGUGAUUCCCAGAGAUCUGACGUAUCGCUUCCUCCUGCUGGCCGACUCCAACACGGCCAGAGGGAUCGAGACGUGCGGCGUGCUGUGUGGACGCCUGACCCACGACGACCUGGUCCUGACCCACGUGGUGAUCCCCAAGCAGUCCGCCGGUCCCGACUUCUGUGACAUGGAAAACGUGGAGGAACUUUUCAGCUUCCAGGACCAACAGAACCUGCUGACUCUGGGCUGGAUCCACACCCAUCCCACCCAGACGGCCUUCCUGUCCAGCGUCGACCUCCACACACACUGCUCCUACCAGCUCAUGCUGCCGGAGGCCGUCGCCAUCGUGUGCGCGCCCAAACACAACGACACGGGUGUGUUCAGGCUCACCGCUCCGGGGAUGCUGGAGGUUUCCAGGUGCAGACUCAAAGGUUUCCAUCCUCACUCCAAAGAGCCGCCUCUGUUCACCGUGUGUAAACACGUGUUGGUCAGGGACUCCAAGCUCAGCCUGCUGGACCUCAGGUGACAGACAGGAGGCGCUGUUUACUGCCAUGCUUUGUAUCUGAAGAGGAAACUGUGAAUGUGUGAGUGUGUGUAUGUGUGUGUGUGUGGUUUUCUCUGGGAUUUAUUGUGUAAAUUGUUUUCAGCUGUAUAGACAAACCUUUGUUUUUACCCGUUGUGUUUACUAUUGUUGAGUUGUGGGGUUCAGUUGUGGGUUGGAGUUUUUCCUGCGGUGUGACGCGUGCUGCGUUCAAGGACCUAAACGUUGGAGUGCCUUCUCAUGAGAAACAUGAAUGUUUGACGUUCCACCUGAUGACGACUCGCUGAAGCUGCUUCAUCAGGAAGCCUGAAGACUUGAUAUUUGCUGUGCUGCAGUUUGAUUUGUUGGAUUUGUGAUUUGAGGAGUUUUAACCCUUUAACGUUCUGCCGUCUGGCGGUAAGAUGUCAUUUCCCCCCCCGUAACAUAUUUAACAUGGAAAAUCAAACCAUUUGACAAAUCCUUGAUUUCCUUUGAAGGUAAAAUGAAGACUUUAUUUAAUGAGCAGUCUGAACCUGUUCUUAUCAGUUACAGAUUUCAGCAUGUGGUGUAUCUUACCCUCACUGCAAACGCAAUAAUGAAAGUAGUCUCCUAUCUUUAGUUACUGUAGUAACUUUAAAACAUGUUAGCGAAUCCCCUCUUGACCUCCAUGUCACUAUGCUGCUGCUCUUUUCACUAUGACCUCUGACCUCUCGAGGGAGAUUUAUAUCGUUCACCCUGGCCCUGCUGUCCCAGAUCUGUGGGACUGAAUCAGCAGACAGUGUUUUGUUUUUUUUUUUCUAUACCAUGAGAAAUCAGCCUGUUGAAACUUUAAAUCCAAAGUUUUUACCAGUUUUUUAAAAAACCCUGCUGUGAUGUAGUGAGAUCCUCAGGCUCGGCUCGGACGCCGGCAGCCACUUUCACUGACCCCAGUUUUCACAUUUUUAUCCGACAUGAAGGAGGAGGAAUCCAGUUAACAGUGAAGAAGUUUUGUAUUAAACGCUGCUCAGAUGUGUUUUGUGCACUCACACACUCUCUGUGCUGACUGCCGGUGGUGUGUUCACCGGCCGCAGGAGUUUCGAUGUUCAGGUGUCUCCGUGUGUGGAAAUAAAGCUCCUCGUGUUUCCUCU